AGAGUUUAAUGUUUCUAGUCGGGAUAAGUUCCUUAAAGACCCCAAAAAGCCACGAAGUGAAUAAAGGAAUAAAGGUCAUUCCAGUGGGAAACUACUGAGGUUCAAAGGAUGGUUCCUGUCAGUAUCUUCACCUGCUAAGUUUUGUCAGCUGCUUACCUUGAAGGGGGAGGCUUGGCCUCAUCUGCUCAGUGCACAGUAAUUCUGUGCUGCUGCCCUUCACUUUUCCCUGAUAACCCUGAAUUAUGCACUGUCUUGGUCAACUUUUUUGUCCACAGUAGUGCUGCUGUGAAAGUGCUCCUCUUGAAUUUCAGCUUUUGGUGUAACUUCGCUGAGUGUCUGGCUUCCCUCCCCCGUGAGGAUGAUUUUGAGCUGCUACACCUGAGAGUGGCCACAGAUCAAUCCUGUAACUAAAUUACACACACAUAUUGAAGGCUUUUACAGAACAUGUCUCUCUUGUCAGGAGAAACUCAGCACCAACAGACACAUUUUCCUCAGUAAAAUAAGUACUGACCAACUGUGGAAUUCCUUCUUGUUCCCACACAUAAAAGCCUCAAAAAGCAAGAGGAUCACAUGCUGCUUUAGUAAAAUUCACACUGGCAGACAGGCUGUUCUGUGGGUCUUAAUGAAUCAUGAAGAAAUCAUCAUGGAAAGAAGAAGCAGCUUUGUGUUGUUCCUGGAUCAGCUUCAUUUUGAAACAGAGGAAUCUGAGAAAUAAGCUUGUAAUCUCAUGCAAGACCAUGAGGAGGAAAAGGCACCCUGGCAUUUAAUGGAUGUAUUUAUAGGAAGGUCAUCUCACAGCCUGCAUCUGACUCAAAGUUGAAGCCAUCUGGGAAUGUUUCUGUGGGUGACGACCACAUUCCAGGAAGCGUCACAGCAUCCUGCAGUCCUGUGGGAUGGGGGUUGCUUUAGGCUCUCAUUUGGCUCGUGGUGGGUCUGGAAGAAGAAAGCCCCAGCCAGAGUUGUGUGUCAUGAUCUGACACCCCUUCUCGAUGUUUUAGGACCAGUGGUUAACUAAACUCUUGGGAUUUACCCUGGAACGUGCCCCUGCUGUCAAGGUGUGGAUUAGAAGAGCUUUUUACCAUUUUGUUGGUUAAUGAGAUUCUCUAGCUGGGCUCUAGACCACAUAAAUGUCUUUGUAAAGCAUCAAGAGUACAGGUGAGAAUCCUUGCAGCAGCAUCCUCUGGGGAAGGCUGUUGAGGCAGUGGGUGCUGGAUGCCAUCCUGUGCUGGUGCUGUGGGAAAUGAUCUUGCUGCCUCCUCGGGGCUUUUCAGAGAGGGAGAGAAAGAACUAAAACACGUGGUGUGGGUUGAUGUCCUCUGUCUCUCAGGGGUCCUGUUUUGUGAGUGAAGAGGAGGACUCUCACCCAUGGAUGUGAAUAAUUUUGGGUCUGCUUUCAUGCUUAUUAACACCUGUUGGUAUUGGACUUGGUUUCUACUGAGAGAUCAUUUACCCUCUGAAGGCUCUGUUAGGACUCCUUUUCAGAUCUGUUCUUGGGUGGAGCUUGCAACAACUUGGGCUGGUCUGCCUGUGCAAGACUGACAAUAAAUAACUCUCCCGAGCGCUGCAGAGAGAUGGAAACUGCAGCUGAGAAAUGAUGUGGGGGAAAGGAAGACAGAAAAGCACAAGUAAACUAUUAUGGAAGUACAAAUAGCCCUCUGAAGGAUCAGCAAACGUACCUGCUAUGGAGUCUGGCUGUAGUCCCAGCAAGGGAGAUUUCUCCUCAGAGAAAACCUGUUAACCAUUUGGAGGGAGUGCAUGGGAAGGAGACAGAGUUAUUAACAAAAGCUCCGCUGCAGGUUUAGUCCCCCAGCAGGGAACAUCUUUGUUGACCUGCAAGACCAUCUCUCCUAGAAAUGGAUAACUUCACCAACGGGCAGCCGGGCCCGGGGCAGAGGAACAGGUUCAUAGGAUUGCUAGAAACCGAUGACAGUGUCCAGGAAGAUAAACCUGCACCCAGUAAAAAGGAAGAAAGAUCCGGACCUGGAAAGAAAGGAGAGCCACGACCCUUGGAGACACCUUACCAGAAGGAGAGCAGUGAUUUUGCUCCUAAAAUCAAGGUUAAUCUGAAUUAUCGGCCAGGACUCGUCAGCAACCCAAAGGACCCAAAUCGCUUUGACAGGGACCGUCUGUUCAGCGCAGUCACCAGGGGCACCCCCGAGGCACUGGAUGGUUUGUUCGAGUACUUAAGGAGAACCUCCAAGUUUCUCACGGAUUCGGAAUACACAGAUGCAAAGACUGGGAAGACCUGCUUAAUGAAAGCCCUGCUGAACUUAAAAAAUGGAAAGAAUGACACAAUAGCAGUCUUGCUGCAAAUAGACCAGAAGACACGGAAUCCCAGGCCACUUGUCAAUGUGUCGUGCUCUGACUGCUACUACAGAGGCCAGACAGCACUGCACAUUGCCAUAGAGAAAAGGAGCCUCCCUUUAGUGAAGCUGCUGGUAGAGAAUGGAGCUGAUGUCCAUGCCAGAGCCUACGGGGAAUUCUUCAGGAAGAAGAAAGAAGGAGUUUACUUUUAUUUUGGUGAACUUCCCCUCUCCUUGGCUGCUUGUACCAACCAGCUUGAUGUGGUGGACUAUCUCCUAAACAAUCCCCACCAGAAAGCCAGGCUCCAGGAGCAGGACACACAGGGCAACACAGUCCUCCAUGCCCUGGUGAUGAUUGCAGAUGACACUGAGGAGAACACCAAGUUUGUGAGCACAACGUAUGUUGAGAUCCUGAAGGCAGGUGUGAAGCUUGACCCAACGUGUAAACUGGAGGAGAUAGUGAAUUAUGAUGGGUUAAAUCCUCUGCAGCUCGCUGCCAAGACAGGCAAAGUGGAGAUCUUCAGGCACAUCAUCCAGAGGGAGAUCAAGGACCCCGUGUACCGGCACCUGUCCCGCAAGUUCACGGAGUGGACCUACGGCCCCAUCCACGUGUCCCUCUAUGACCUGUCCUCCUUGGACAGCUUCGAGGAGAACUCUGUGCUGGAGAUCCUGGCCUACAGCAGCGACACCCCGAACCGGUACAAGAUGGUGGUUUUGGAGCCACUGAACAAACUGCUUCAGCAAAAAUGGGAAACUUUUGCUUCCAAGAGAUUCUACUUCAGUUUUGUCUCGUACUUGUCGUUCAUGAUCAUCUUUACAGCCAUAGCCUACUAUCAGCCCUUACGGGUAAAGCCUUCAUUUCCAGUGGAAUUCACAGCUGGAGGCUUCCUGUGGGUCUCUGGACUGAUCAUUAUCUUGCUAGGAGGCAUUUAUCUGAUCUUCGCUCAGAGUCUGUACUUGAGGAGGAGACGCCAGUCCCUGAAGACCAUGUGCUCUGACAGCUGCAUCGAGAUCCUGAUCUUCAUCCAGGCGUUCUCAUUGCUGCUGUCAGCAGUCCUGUAUGGUGCCAGCUCAGAAAACUAUGUGGCAGUGAUGGUGUUCUCCCUGCUUUUGGGGUGGGUGAACACCCUCUAUUACACCCGGGGCUUCCAGCGCACUGGGAUCUACAGUGUCAUGAUACAGAAGACCAUCAUGAGGGAUCUGCUGCGUUUCCUCUUGGUUUACAUGAUCUUCCUCUUCGGCUUUGCUGCGGCUCUGGUCACUCUGAUGGGCGACGCUCCCUCAGUCUCCCAGAACAAGUCCCUGGCUCACCUGGAGAGCACUGGGAGCCACGCCAUGUACGGGGGGCUGCUCAGCGUCUCCCUGGAGCUCUUCAAGAUCACCAUUGGGAUGGGUGACCUGGAUUUCCACGAACAUGCCAGAUUCAGAUAUUUUGUCAUGCUCCUGCUGCUGCUCUUUGUGAUCCUCACUUACAUCCUUCUGCUCAACAUGCUGAUCGCCCUCAUGAGUGAGACAGUCACAGACAUUUCUGGUUACAGCAAGAGCGUCUGGAAGCUGCAGAGGGCUAUUGCUAUUCUAGAAAUAGAGAAGGCCUGGCUGUGGCGCCAGGGUGGGAAGAGGAGAUCUGGCUGCUUCAUGUCAGUGGGGCUCAAUAAGAAAGAUGAGAGGUGGUGUUUCAGAGUAGAGGAAAUUAAAUGGACAGAUUGGGCAAAGGAUGUGGGAGUUCUGAAGGAAGACCCUGGAAACACCAGUGAUUCAGAAAUAAAUCCAGAAGAGACAAGAUCGUGGAAACGGGAACCACAGAAACCUCCGAGAUCAGCUGCCUCAGAGGAGCAGUCACUCCUGCAGCCCCAGCCAUCAGCAACAGAGAUGAUGCCUUUGCAGGGACAAACCAGAGAUCUUUAACAGGUUUUCUGACUUGCAACCUUGCUCCCAUCUCCAAAGGAGUAGUUCUUCCUAUAGCAGCUGGAAGAAUUGAAGGCAUUAUCAGUAUUAAAGUGCAUUUUGUCGAGGACUGUGGUUCAGCCUGUGGCUUUAAAUACUUUUAUGCACUUUAAUCAUUAAUUUCCUUUGAAGAAACUAUUUUUACUCAACUUUCUCUGCCUGACACUUUCUUACUGCUAUGUCUAAAGAUACAAGAGCAAGAGCAAGCUCCUGGGGCAGUGGGGAGUGGUCUCUGGGAAGGCAGUGCUCCCUGAGCUGUACAGGAAUAAUGCUGAUGCAGUGACCUAGAAAAGAGUGGGUCGACUUAUUCUUUUGCCACAAGAGACUGAACUGAAGUGCUUUGGAAUAAAAAAUGUUGUAGAGUCAUAAAAA